AUGUCAACGGUCACUAAGGCACUUAAACCGGCAAUAUCCGAUGCUUCAAAGCUGGCGAUACGUAUAGCGCAGUCAGCAAGGUUUGGUGAAACCGAUGUAACUCUCUGGCGCAGUUAUUCCAAGGACAUUGUUAAUGCCGCUCAUACAUUCGAUAUCGCAGACGUUGUUAAGAUACUCGAUGCAUAUAGCUAUAUGCGAUAUAGACAUACAGACCUACUACGCUCACUUGCUACACGUAUAUAUCAGUCAUGUUUCAAACUCAGCAGCUCGGAAAUAACCCGUAUAUUAAGAGCUUAUUCAAUUUUAGAACAUAGGGACGAUUUCAUGUUCCGAUUGAUGUUACCGGAGAUUGCAAAGCGCCUGGAAACAUUCUCAUUGUGUGACUUGACGUCAGUAUUCUAUUCAUAUUCGAACUUGGGGUAUUACAAUCGUCACUUCACAUCUUGUGUGGAAUCCGCCGUAUUGCGAAAUAUCCACAAUGUUCGGCCUAGAGAACUGUGUCAUGUAUUAAGCGCUCUAGGAAAACUACACGUAAGAUGGGGACGGUUGGAAACGGUGCUUGGAUGCCAUUUCUGUACAACUGUUGAACUAUGUUCCUACUCAGAACUGGGUUUAAUAGCCAACGCAUUGGGUAGAUUAGACUUUUGUGGCCAUCCUCAUCUAUUUUCGGUCGUAGAAACGGAGGUAUAUCGUAAAUCAAAGAACUUACCACCUCAGGCGUUCUCAUUGGUGGCGAAUGCCAUAUCGAGGCGUGAAGAAUCGGAUAAGGCAUUGGAGUUUUUAAGGAAACAAGUACCCGAUAAGUUACGAGAGUUUGAUGUACACUCAUUGUGCUUGCUAUCAGCGGCAUUCAGCCGUCGUGCAGCUACACGACGCGAAUUAUUCGAUCGCAUGGCUGAGCGUGUGGGCAGGAUAUCACUUGGAUUGUACCCCCGUGCAGUGGCGUCACUAUGCUUCUCAUACGCUAGGGCUGGCCAUCUAUAUGGCCCUUUGAUGUAUUUUGCCGGACAACAUCUACAAAGGUUCUUGGAUCACUAUAGUUGCAACGAAGUGGCUAUGGUGUUACGUGCUCACAAUCUGUUGAAUGUACGCGACGAACCAAUGUUACUGGCUGUAGCACGCUACAUAUGUGAUAACUACCCCGACAUGGUGCCUGUACGUGUAGAUGAUGCUCUUGCGGAGGCACGUAUAUCUUUUGCCAUGGGAUGCCCGGAAGUCCACCAGCACAAUACUACUAAAACGACAAACAAUACCAAACAAAUCGACAGUAACAAAGAGAAUGAGUACACCGAUUCGUCCCCGGUCAGUGAAGAUGAAGACAUUAUGCACAUCAACCACUUGGAAGUGUUCUCUGCAGAUCCCUUCGGCACCUGCCGCGGAAAUAAACAGUUUCUACAACGUGGGUUGAUGCAUUCACUGUUAUGGAUUGUACAAAGCUUCGCUAUGCACAGCGUAUGGAACGAUGGAGACGUCAAAGGGGCACUGCAGCGUGUGGCAAACGAAGUGGUAUGCCGACAGCGCGAGCUAACGCCACUAGUAGUCUCUCACCUUCUAUAUGCAUAUUCUAAACUAAACUAUAGAUUAGAUGGGUUACUGGAACUGUUAAUUCUCGAGGUACGGGAUCCUCGAGUUGACUACGUUUUCGAGCAGGACCAGCUCCGUGCAGCAUUCCAUGCUAUAGUCGCAUUCGGCAUAGACCCGGCUUCUGCUGGCCUUUAUAAGUAUCCCACAUUGGAGCUAAAAAGGCUUAUGGAGAUGCAUCGUAACGACGUUAUGGACGUCGUUCGUGCGAUUAUCGAGACUGAUCAUGACGUCACCAGUGGUGUUGAGGGAGUAGCGUUAGAGAUAGACGUCCCCUUCUCCAAGAACACUCAUGGUAGUAAUGAUGUCUCGUUUCCUUGCGGGGAAUCGGCUUUGACUUACGUGCACAUACCAGCGUGCGUUGCUAAAUCCAUUGGCACCGGCAACGGUCUUGGCUCCUUCGCUGAGCGCUUCAAAUAUAACUUUGCGAUUUAA